AUGGGUUCAGAAAGAAGGGGCACCCUCCCUCUAAAGUUCAAGAUACCAAGUGUUGCCAGUCUAAUAGCAUUAGGAUCCAAGCUUACCCACAUGAAUGAGAAAGACGUUAUUAAAAGUUAUGGGAAGAUUAUGAACUUGUUGACUGUAGAGGCAAACACAAGGGCUCUUGUUUCCCUUGCUCAGUUCUAUGACCCAUCUCUCCGAUGUUUUACAUUCCAAGAUUUCCAAUUGGCACCAACAAUUGAGGAGUUUGAAAGGAUUCUAGGAAGACACUUAAAGGACUUUAAACCUUUCACUGAUUUGAGAGAAACACCUUCACCAGACAUGAUUGCAGUAGCCCUGAGCCUUCUAAUAAGAGAUGUAGCAAUUUGUCUUAUGAUCAAAGGAGCUACACAUGGGUUAUCCAGAAAGCCUCUAAAAAUCAAAGCUUGGGACCUAGAGAAAGAAAAGAAUCGAAGAGCGUUCAACGUCGUCUUAGCCUUACAGAUAAUGGAGUAG